UUUAGUUACUACCAAAAUGCUUCAUUCGUUCCAAUUUACUUGCAACAUUUGCUUUUUCACACAGUCUAAUUCAAUCCUUAAUAUAUCUAAUUAUGAAUAAUAAAAAAUUAUAAAAAUUUAAUAUUAAUAAUAGACAAAUCAAACAAGAUCUCACUUCACUAUAUUUUAACCUAUAAAUUAAAAACUAAUCAUAAAUUAGGAGAAAUAAAUAAGUAGUGAUAUUUUUACAAAUGCAACUAAUUUGAAACGAGAAGUAUAGAAUUGGCUCUGGGGAAUCAGGGGCAGAAAAUAUCGAGGAAAAGACUAAAUAAAAUUCUGUGAAUUAGUAGCGAAGGCCGAAGAUCAGAAGUCGGAACGGAUUUAGAAAGAUCGAAUUUGACAAGUGCGAGGAAGAGAGAGGGUACCGACGAUUUAGGUUUAGAUGAUUUGUGUUGAUACUUCCAAAAUUGCUUGGAUUUACUUGAUUCGAGUAAAAGAGCAGAGAAUCUAACAAUUUGAUUGGUUUUACUUGCACAAAAAUUGCAAUGACCAGAAUCAAAAACCCUAAAAUUCCCAAAUUUUGGGGUUUUCUUGCGCUAUCGCGAGAAAGAAAACUUGAGAAAAGAGUUGAGAACAAAUUCUCUAUUCAUUAGAGACAGAAUCUUGUAAAUGAGGGAAUAAUGGUAAAAUAUUCAUUACUUUGCACCAACGUAGCUUAUUCAUGGACAUUUUGGUUUUCUUAUACUACAAUUUCACCCUAUUCAUACUGUUUACAUGCAUCAAUUUUUCUGGGUAAAUAGUCUCUCUUUUUUAUAAUGAGUAGAAUUUAAAAAAUUUUCUGCAACUGCACCCGUUAAAAAUUUCUGGUUUUGAUGUGCUGAUUGUUGAUAGUAGACUAGUAGUAUUGGUUAUUGGAGUUUGCAGUGGUUUGUUGUAAUUUCAGAAAUGCGUAGAUUGCUUCAUGGGGUGCUUACUGUUACAAUUGAGAAGACUGAUAAGCUGCAUUUGCGUUGUGGAUUACCCUUUAGACGGGAUAUGGAUCAUCCGAUAAGGGUAUGGAAAACAUUAUUGUUCCGAAUCAAAGAAUAUUGCUUGUGCAUGCCUAUGGAUUAUAGACUAUAUGCCACAGUUGAUCUUGAUCAGGCACGAGUUGCGCGCACAAAAAUAAUUCAUACACCUAAAAAUCCUACAUGGUAUCAGUCCUUUAACAUUUAUUGUGCUCAUGAAGUUUCAUACAUUAUAUUUACUAUCAAAGAUGAAAAUCCUGUUAGUGCCACAUUGAUUGGAAGAGCUUAUUUGCCUGUUGAGGAAGUCUAUCUAGGCCAUCCGGUGAUGACAUACCUUAAAAUAGUCGAUGAGAGUGGUAAGCCUAUACGAUCCAAUAUUUAUGUUCAGGUGCAUUUUUUUGAUGUUUCUCGGGACCAAAAUUGGUCUCGAGGCAUCCAAACUGCACAUUAUGGAGGAGUACCUCGCUCCUACUUUAGACAAAGACAGGGUUGCAGAGUCACAUUUUAUCAAGAUGCACAUGUGUCGGACAUGUUUAACCUUGAUUCAAGGCUUGCCGGAAGGAGGACUUAUGAUAAACAACGAUGUUGGGAAGAUAUAUUUGAUGCUAUUAUUAACGCAAAAUAUCUUAUUUACAUAGUUGGGUGGUCAAUUGACACUGAUAUUACCUUAAUAAGGAACUUAGAUGGAUCCCCUCAGCUUAAACUAGGAGAGCUUUUGAAAAAGAAAGCAGAUGAGACUAAUAUGAGAGUUCUUAUACUUGUUUGGGACGAUGUAACUUCAACCCCGUAUGCCAAACAAGGGAUAAUGAAUACCCGGGAUGAAGACACUUUUGCUUACUUUCAAAAUACGAAUGUUCGUUGUUUCAAGUGUCCCCGUAAAUCUGAUCAACAACGAAGCAUUAUCCAUUGCGUAAAGGUUGAUACUGUGCUUACACAUCAUCAGAAGACGAUAGUGGUUGAUUAUGAGAGCCCUGGAUCACACAAGAGAAGAGUAAUGAGUUUUCUUGGAGGUAUUGAUCUCUGUGGUGGAAGAUAUGACACUCAAGAACAUUCUCUAUUUGGGACGUUACAGACAGUCCAUAAGGAUGACUUUUACCAGCCUAAUUUCCUGGGAGCUUCAUUACAAAAGGGCGGUCCAAGAGAGCCGUGGCAUGAUAUCCAUUGUAGACUAGAAGGACCUGUUGCGUGGGAUGUGUUGUAUAACUUUGAGCAGAGGUGGAUGAAACAAGUGGGAAAGCAGUUCUUAUAUACUCGAGAUGAGCUUGUUCAAGUAAUAUGCAAACCAACGGAAGUUACAAUGGAAGAUCAAGAAACUUGGAAUGUUCAAAUAUUCAGGUCCAUUGAUGGAGGAUCGGUGAAUGUUGGUGGAGAAUUAGGCGAAGGCUUCCCCGCAGAUCCACAGAAAUCAGCUCAGGUGGGCCUUUUUUGUGAUAAGGAUACCAUCAUAGAUCGCAGCAUUCAGGAUGGAUACAUAAAUGCCAUUAGACGAGCAAAGAACUUUAUAUACAUUGAAAAUCAGUACUUCCUUGGAAGUUCUUACGCUUGGAAACCUGAUGAAGAUAUUGAUGCAUUGCAUCUUAUACCGAAAGAGUUGUCUCUCAAGAUCGUUAGCAAGAUUGAAGCCGAAGAAAGAUUUUCUGUGUAUGUUGUGAUCCCUAUGUGGCCUGAAGGAGAACCCGAAAGUGAGGCUGUACAGGCCAUUCUAUAUUGGCAAAGGAGGACAAUGGAAAUGAUGUAUGCUGAUAUUGCUUCUGCCAUACAACUCAAGAACCUCAAUGCACACCCGAAAGAUUAUUUAUCGUUUUUUUGUCUUGGUAAUCGAGAGCGUCUGAAAACUGAAGAGUAUGAACCUAAGGAGAAGCCAGUGCGUGAUUCUAACUAUGCCAGAGCUCAACACAAUCGACGCUUCAUGAUUUAUGUCCAUGCCAAAAUGAUGAUGGUUGACGAUGAAUGCAUCAUUAUUGGAUCUGCAAAUAUAAACCAGAGGUCAAUGGACGGAGGAAGGGAUACAGAAAUAGCAAUGGGAGCUUAUCAGCCGCAUCAUCUAUCAACAACGCAGCCAGCAAAGGGGGAGAUCUUCAGAUUCAGGAUGUCAUUGUGGUACGAACACUUUCACCAGAUUGAUACAUUGUUUCUCCAUCCCGAAACACUGGAAUGUAUGCAAAAAGCGAACACGAUUGCUGAAUAUAAUUGGGAAGUUUAUUCUAGCAAAGGUUUCGAUCAAGACUUGCCCGGUCAUAUCCUGCAGUAUCCUGUUAGUGUUAGUACUGAAGGACACAUUGGUGUACUUUCGGAUAAUCAUAAGUUCUUCCCUGAUACCAAAGCUUCUGUUCUUGGGAAUAAAUCUGACUUCCUUCCUCCUAUACUUACUACUUAGAAGUAUACAAAACAUUUGUUUCUCAAUACAAUUUACUAGGCAAAUGGUUGAUGAGAUUACAUUCUUUACUACAAAAAAAAAAUGAUUAUAUACUAUGAAAGUUUUAGGAUGUUGUGUGAUUACAACUAUGAAAUACAAAUACUUAUUGGUAUGUAAUUUAUGAUUUAGUACUAUGUCAAUUAAGUGUUCGGGAG